AUGGGUAACGGUUCUAGUGUAGAAAUACCUGGAGGUGGAAGUGAAGGUUAUCAUGUUUUGCGGGUUCAAGAUAAUUCUCCUGGACAAGCAGCAGGAUUGGAGCCAUUUUUUGAUUAUAUUAUUUGCAUAGGCAAUACCAGGCUGGAUAGAGACGACGACACAAUGAAGGAAAUUCUCAAGCAGCAUGUCGAAAGACCAGUGGAGCUUACAAUUUUCAAUAGUAAAACUCAAACAGUUCGUCAGACCCAAAUAACUCCUUCACAGAUGUGGGGUGGACAGGGUUUAUUGGGAAUUUCAAUACGUUUUUGCUCCUUCGAACAGUGCAGGGCGAACGUAUGGCAUAUUGUAUCAGUGCAGCCAAACUCUCCAGCUUCUAUUGCUGGUCUGGUUGCUAAUAAGGAUUAUGUUCUUGGCGCUGAAUCUGUUUUGAACACGGCGGAAGACCUUUUUGCUCACGUACAAGCGAACGAGGGGAAGCCGAUAAAACUCUAUGUAUAUAAUGUGGAUACCGAUUCUGUCAGAGAAGUUACGCUUACUCCGAACUCAGCAUGGGGUGGGGAAGGUUGUAUUGGAUGUGAUAUCGGUUAUGGAUAUUUGCACAGAAUACCGGUAACGGCAGGGGCGUCACUAAGUGAAAAAACUCCUUUUCUUGCAAAGAGCCCCGGAGAUACUGUUUCUGUUUCGACGGUCCCAACUGUCACAGUUCCUCAACCAGGUUAA